AUGUCGGUAGUCAAGCUGUUAAAGUGGAGACGAGAUUUCACGGCAAGUAUACUCGUUAUAUUCCAUGAUGUGCCUCAUCAAUUACCAUGCAGGCUGCUUGCUUGCAUCGGGAAAGGCUGCUUGCUUCUUGAUGACUGUACCAGUGCACCACCAUUUACUUAUUGUCUGUUCCUUAUCAGCUAUCGUGCACUACAGGGAGAUGUUACAAAAAGAAUUGAAACCCGUGUGAAUGAACGCAAACGAGUUCAAGAAGAACCACUUGAAUCACGAAAAAAGAAAAAGGUAUCUUUACCAAAAAGACAAAGGAGCUAUUUAUCAUAUGAUGAUGAUGAGCGUUCAUCUUCCGAUUCUGAAAUAGUACCUGUUUCGCUCACAAAUGUUUUCGCGAAACUUCCGAUGAAGACAGCAUCUACAAAGGAAGUUGAAAAUAAAAGACUGUUUCGCUCACAAAUGUUUUUCGCGAAACUUCCGAUGAGUGUUCAUAUUCUGACUGAUGAAUCGAAGGACAAAACGACCGAAUCGAGCACAUCUACAAAGGAAGUUGAAAAUAAAAAGCCAACGACCAAAAAACGACAAGAUAUUGCAAGUGAUGCUCUAAAAGCAUAUCAAAUGCGUGUUUUACCAGGUGACAAGCUUAUUUAUGAUUAUAUGGACGUGCUAGACUACAAACGAGAUGAGGCACCAUAUCAAUUGGACAAGGAGAUAAAGGCAGUAAAUUUUACCAAGGGAAGAACAAUUGAUAAGUUUCUAGUCAAUUGUGAGGAAGGUGUCAUGCAGUUUUUAGAUAAGUUUAAACAUAUAAGAGACUUGGAAUCUUUAGGCAGAUGCCUGGGCGAAAUUUUAAUCAAUUACUCUACUGCAUCAAACGACUUAAUUUAUGUUCAGCACCUUCUCCAACACUUCUACUUCUUAUAUAAAAAUGAUACUUUGCUCCAAGCUAUAUCUGAACGUGAAUAUGGACACCUUUACUGA